AUGCCCGUUCAACAGCAUGUGCUGAACUGGCUAUACAGCGUCCUGACAAGUGAAUAUCACGAUGUCAACCGCACAUACGGCGACAUUGCAACGGUCCUCGCGCGGUAUCCGACACUUGCUCCACGAACCGACGUCUACACGUAUCCCAAUGGCGCAAGCUCUCUGCUAGUCCAUUUGACGGGCACGAUCCCGACCCUCUUCCGAGGCACCACAUAUAGGUUCCCCGUCUCGAUAUGGGUGCCGCAUGCGUAUCCGAGGGAGGCACCGUUGGCGUAUGUCACGCCAACGGAGACCAUGAUGGUCCGUCCGGGUCAGCAUGUUGACCCUCAAGGCCAGGUCUACCACCCAUAUCUGGCUGGCUGGGGCGAUUUCUGGGAUAAAUCAAGCCUAAACGACUUCCUCUCCGUCUUGAGCGAUGUAUUCGCAAAGGAACCGCCUGUCAUCUCACGACAGUCUCGACCGGGUGUCCAGAGCCCGCCUCCUCCUCAAAUGCCACCUCCCGUCGCCCCUCACCCCCCAGAGUUACCUGCCAAUUCGAUAUCUUCUCCGGCAGGGCCGCAUACAAAUCAAGGAGAAUCCCGACCACCACCGCCGCCUCCCAAACCUCAUCAGGAUACUCGCUCACCACCACCGAUCCCAUCACAUUCCCAGCUCUCUUCUCCCAGCCCUAUCAGCAGCACGGGGGUACCAUCAAGAUAUGAAUCAGCUCCGCCUCUCCCGCCCCAGACACAAGUAUCUAGGCCAUCAUAUCAGCCUCAUGCUCAAUCUCUCCCUCAGUACGCGAAUACCCGGGGGCAAAGCCCCCAAUCUCCUCAGUCACAAGGGCUACCGCAACCUCAGUCGUUAGGACCAAAUGCUGGCUAUUCAGGUCAAUUCCAUUCCCAAGGACAAGCACAGGGCCAGGGACAAUGGCAGCCAUCUCAUCAGCAGCAAUGGCAGCACCAGCAACUUCAACAACAGCCGCCUCCUCCCCAACCAAAGGCGCCGCCGCCCCCAAAUCUUCUCGACGAUGCACUCAACUUGGAGGUGUCAUCUCAUGCCAUCGAAGCACCUCCUAUUCCGCCGAACCCCGAAAAAGAUGCUCUUCUUAGGCAGUUGGCCCAGACUCUGGCUUCUAUCCGACAACGCAGCCGACAGCAGAAUGAAUCCAGCAUGGCUGGAUUGGGUGCCCAGCAGAACGCCAUGCUGUCUGCAAUGUCUGCCGUUCAAGCGGAAAUGGGGCAACUGACUCAGCUGUCUAACAUAAUCAAUUCCAACACUAACAUCCUUCACGACGCUCUGCGAAAAGCAGAUGCCGUCAUUGAAGGGUCGAGGAGUCACACUGUUCCAGAUAUCGACGAGUUACUGGUAGCUCCUACAGUAGUGUCAAAUCAGCUGUACAGAGUAGUCGCAGAGGAAAGGGCUCUGGGCGAUGCCAUAUUCAUGCUUGGCCGGGCGGUUGAGAAGGGUCGUAUAUCCCCUGCAGCAUUUGCGAAAAUGACACGAUCUUUGGCAAGAGAAUGGUAUCUGAAGAAGGCUCUGGCACGCAAGAUUGCACAGGGCAUGGGCCUGAUCUUACAAACAUAG